CCAGAUCCUUCUUUACGUUUAAAUUAAAACACAGUAUUGCAGUUAAUUAUCCAUAAAAUUUAUUACUUGUAGUGAUUGUUUAAUUAUAAUGUGCAGUGUUUGUAAACUUUAAAUUGUGCAAAGUGUCUGUGGUAUCGUUAAGUGUUCAGUGUUCAGUGCUAGUGUAAAGUGUUGCGAAUUGCUGAUGCUGAUGACUUCCAAGUUCCUGAGCAAAAUCAUCUGGCAUCGUCUGGUGGGAAAUAGCAGUUAAGCGACUUUUUUUAGCUGCAAUGCACUUGGAACAAUUUAAAUUAAAUCUCCAAGUGUAUUAGGACACCCUUCUGCACAUUAUUUCCUCACCAAGGUGGUGAUAAAAUGAGUGAUGUGAUAACAAAGUACAAUGAACGAAGAGCAGCAGGUAUUUUGGCACAGCCAAGAGUGGGUAGAACAAUGGGAGCCGCAAGUCUUAUUCGUUCUGAUGGUCCUACAGGUUUGGUUCAUUAUCCUCGGGUUGGGCGAUCGGGUCACUCUUCUUCUUUCAACAACAUCAAUGACAACAACCCCUUGAAGUUUGGUCCUGAUCCAGGAGAACAGAGUCGUGGUAAUUUCAAUUCCGAACUUUCUAUGGAUCUCGAUUAUCAAGAACGCCUCGACAGUGAUGAAAAAACAUGGAAACCGAUAGACAUUUCAACAAGAGGAAUUUUUUGGGCUGCUACCAAACCUAGACGAGAAACAAGGAGAGAACAACAGCACUUAAGAUUAUUCCGCAGUGAAGGUGACAAUGAUGAAAACUGGAUUGCUUUGCCAGUCCAAUUCCAAGAUUUUUCAAAUAUAGAACAACAGCAACAAGAAUCCUCUCAAGAUGUAUCAAAGUUCACCAGGGAAAUAAAUCAUGCUUGAUCGGAUAUUCUUAAACUUAAAAAAAUACGUAUUUUGAUUUCCCAAUGGUAAAAAAUAAUUUAUAAAAAAUAAAAAAAAAAAUAAAUUUAAAGCUUCUUCAAUUGAUUACUUGUUCCGCAUAAAAGAAACUUCAAAGCCGGAAAUAAUUGGAAACAACUUUCAAUACAUUGAGUUACAGAUUAUAAAAUAAAGUAACAUUUAGAUCUAUUGUAAUAAAAUUUUAUAAUAAGUUCGACUAUUAUUGUUAUUCAUAGCUAUAUAUAUAUAAAAAUUAAAAAAAAAAAAAAAU